AUGCUGUCCAACACUGCAGUCUCAUCCCUUGUCGACAUCAACCGGCUUCUUUGCGGUAGAAUCAGCUCUAUCGGCGUCCCUGUUGGUGAAUUGCCACGUACCUUGGACAUCGUCAAACCCCUCCUCAAGCGUGAGCUGCAAUCCCGUGUUAUUCACGAGGGUGUCGGCAAUGCAGUUCAAUUGCAGUUCAAGAACUCCAUUUUCAACCAAAUCGUUCCUCAAACCAAUAUUGAGGUAGAAAGCCUUGGAUUAAUCAAGUACGAUAGGCUUGCAGGACCAUCUGCAUACUCUAGCAAGGGAUGGAAAUUCAACCACAGAAAACGAGUCAAGCGGACUGAAGAGUCUGACUCAGAGACCGACGGACUGGAGGAUGAUGAAGGCUCGGCCACAGAGAUUGAUGAGGACAUAGAGGACAACGACGACGAUACGGAUAAUGGCGGUGGCUCAAAGCUCAAUUAUGAGGGUUCACUCGGGUCCGCGAUCCUUGGAAAAGAUGAACUACUCGAAGGGAGUUGGGAUGGCCAAGACUUUCAAGCUGGAUCGAAGAAAAGACGACGACGGGUGGUGCACACUACCGAGACAGACCUUCAGCGGCUCUUUUAUACCAUACAGUACCACUUGCGCAACUCACUGAAGGACAACAUCCCCUACACAUUUGCGAUGGGGGCCCGGUACUGGACUGCAGAGUUUUCUACCACUGCUAUUCCAGACUCUUUCAAUGCCUGGCAGAAGCCUGAUUUAUCCCUGUUCGACUUCACACUCCUGAAGGAAAAGAAGUCGUGGGCGAAUGUCCUGGCCUUUGUGGAGCACACCUCUUCUGAUCUUUCCAAGAAUAGAGGUUUAGCAGUGUAUUGGGGGUCAGCAAUUAAAGCAUAUUUAAUCAUCCAAGAACAACCAUGGCGUCGAUUCGUACUUGCCUACUCAAUCUGCGCGAAUAUGCUCCGUGCACAUUAUUUCGACCGCUCUGGCGUCAUCAUAUCCCUUCCUUUCAACAUUCACAAGUCUCCCGGCUCUAUACGCCUCUGCGAUGUGUUAGCUGCCCUCACACUUCCGGAUAGCCGCCACCUGGGUCUUGAUCCCACUAUUCACAUGUGUCACGCUGUGUGCAAUGGCACCCAUGUCGAUCUUGCAGAUGGGGCGAUAGGCUGGGUGGAAGACAACAAUAACAAUGUCUAUUCGAUCAUGGCUGUGCUGUGGAAGAGCCAUGGGUUUUUCUGUAGGGGAACGGUCUGUUAUCGUGUUAGAAACAAGGAAGGAACAGAGUACGCUCUGAAAGAUUGUUGGGUAGAGGAGUUGAAAAAAAUGCACGAACCAACCGUCCUGAGGAUGGUCAAGGGUAUUCCUAACAUUGUAGAACUCAUUGACGAUUGGGAUGUUUAUUACGAGGGGCAGCCUGAUUGCACGGCACGUAUUCGCGAGAUAUAUGACCAGGAUCAACGAGACGACACCGCAUUCUGUAAUAGAUUUCACCGGCGUCUUCUCUUGAGCCCUUGUGGGGAACCACUCUCUCAAUUCAGCUCUAGAACGGAGCUGAUCGUGGCUUUUCGUCACUUUGUAAUUGCUCACCAAGCAAUGAUUGAAAGACGAGUCCUACAUGGGGACCUCAGUCCUAAUAACUUUGUCAUGCAUGAUGGCAUUGGCUACUUCAUCGACUUGGACCACACCACAGUGUUAGCAGUAAAUACGACCAGCACAUAUUCGCCUGGUACUGGUACUAUGCCAUAUAUUUCGAUCUGGAUUCUCCAGAGCAUGAUGAAAAUGAUCGAUCCCAACGUGGACAACAAUGACCCGAGCAAGGACGUCGCCCUGGCCAAUGCUGUUGAACGGCUGAUUGAACACAGGCCCUCUGAUGACCUGGAGUCGUUGUUCUACAUAUUUUUUGAGUUUGUUGCAAAGUAUGGGGGCGCGCAUGGUGAAUUAGCACCAUCCUGGACUCGAGACUCACUGCCAUGGGCGAGUGCCUAUGAAGCCUUGGGCAAGGCUGAUCUCAAAGGGGCUUUGGGUACUGUUACACGUAACCCCUCGUUAACCACCACGAGCUACGUUCGAGUACGCAACCUUUGCUUGUCUGUAAAGGCCGACGACUCUCAGCACUCGGUACCACUGUCAUGGUUGUCGCUGUUAGAUUAUCCUAGUCGCACACGACCGCUUGUCGUAACAGGUACCUGCUAUUUCACAAAAGUGGGGGUUGUCCUGGACCCAACUUUCAUGGUGGAGACGACAUCAGAUUACUUUGCAACAUUUAGGCCUCUCAUUCAGCACUGGCAAGCUUUAGUUUGCCUCGCGAACAAGCCCGAUGAGAAAGAGAGAGUGGAGACCACUCACAACAAGGUUCUCGAGGUUUUGACUGCAUUUAUCGACACCUAUGUUGAAGUUGCACCCAUAAAUCCCUCAGCAAGUUCCAAUCCUAUUCCCGAGGUAGGGUCCGGGGGGGAUAAUCCUCCCAUAGGUCGUCCUCCAAUUCCCGAGGCAGGGCCUUCAAGACUUUCACUGCGUCGUUCUACCCGGAAUCUUCACAAGUCCCGCUGA